AUGUCUUCGCAUAAAGCAAAAUCAAAAGUACUUGAUGACAGUGAAGAUGACGAUCCUUCUAAUGAGUCUUUCGUUGCUUAUGGAACUGAACUUCCUGAUGUGACCACUUCGGGUGAAAAGGAUAAGGGGAAAUUUCAACCGGUCUGGAAACAGGAAGUUCGCGAUGAACAAGGCCUGCGACGUUUUCAUGGUGCUUUUAAAGGCGGUUGGUCUGCUGGCUAUUAUAAUACCGUUGGAUCUAAAGAAGGUUGGACUCCUACUUCUUUUGUGUCUUCUCGCAAAAAUAGAACAGAACGGCAGGUUUUUAAGCCUGAAGAUUUUAUGGACGAUGAAGAUCUGGAGGAACUUGGCCAAAGUAAGAAACUAGUUGCUACCGAAGAGUUUGAUUCUUUAGGUUCGACAGAGCGUGAUUUAGAAAAAAAACGUGCUCUGGCAAAUUCCAUGGAUGCAAGUGGAAGGCAAGUAUAA